AUGUUAAACGUUGCGAAAGGGACCGAGGAGCUGUUCGGCGCCAAUGCCGCGGCAGCAGCGACUUUGGCCGAGGCGGUGGUGACGGCGUCGGAGGGGGCGGCGGCGACGGAAGCGGCAGUAGCAGCAUCAGCAAAGGGGACCUCAAUGUCCCCUGUUUUGAUUCUCAUGGGAAUAGAGUUCUUGCAGAACCUGUAUGAAACAAAAAUUAUUCUCAUAACCAUAAUUAGGACCUUGAAGGUUACCGCCAAAAGGGCCCCCCACUCCGGCAUACUGAGUAGGCUGCCAACUAGGACUCGCCUUCCAUCCAUGUUAAACGCUGCGAAAGGGACCGAGGAGAUGUUUGGCGCCAAUGCCGCUGCAGCAGCGACUAUGGCCGAGGCAGUGGUGAUGGCGGCGGAGGGGGCGGCGGCGGCGGAAUCGGCAGCAGCAGCGGACGGGACGGUGGCGGUGGCGGCGGCAGCGACGGUGACGGUAGUGGAAGAGGCAACAACAGCGGAGGGGACGGCGGCGGUGGUGCAAGUGGUGGCGUUGGCGGUGGCGGAAGCGGAGGCAGUGGCGAUUGCGGCGGAGGGGGCGGCAAUGCCGACGGUGGCGGUGGUGAAAGCGGCAGCGGCGUUGGAGGGGACAGUGAAGGCAGCGACCGCGGGGGAGCGGGCGGCGACGGUGAUGAUGACGGAGGGAGAGUGGGCGGAAACGGCGACGGCGUCGGUGGAAGCGGUGGCAGUGGCGGAGGGGACGGCGGCGGCGGUGGCGGCGGCAGGGCAUGGGGAAGUGCUGGUGACGGCGUCAAUGGCAGAAGCCGAGGCGGCGGUGAUGGGGACGGAGGGGCGGUGA